AUGGAGGAGAAAUACCAACCCCCCGUCCGUGUUACUUCGACGGAAGACUCGCUCAAGGGCUCUGGUGCUCUCUCUGGAGACGGCGCUACCCCCAGUAACACUGCCCAUCAACUGAGACUCAUCAAGCAGCAUCACCAUUGGGACCCCAAUCUCCCCGAUGACCUUGCUGAUGAGAUUGACGAUGCUCUGCACACCAAUAACGAGGGUACUCGCCGGGAAAUAACCCACAGUCUGCUCGAGAACUCUCCCUACCCUGAAGUGCGCGCUGCUGUCCCCAACACUGAUGAAGGCGGAUACUCCAACACCUUUCGUGCCUGGGCCAUCGGCCUUUUGCUCGCAACCAUCGGGUCGGCUCUCAACAGCCUGUUUUCUAUGCGCCAACCCUAUAUCAUUAUCCCCUCCUACGUCGCUCAGGUCGUCGCCUACCCGAUCGGUGUGGCCUGGGCAAAGGUCAUGCCGAAAAAGGCGUACAACGUGUUUGGAAUCAAAUUCAGUCUUAAUCCGGGGCCGUAUACCAAGAAGGAGCAUGCCAUCUCUGUUAUAAUGGCCAAUGCCACCUUUGGCGGCGGUGCGGCGUAUGCUACCGACAUUAUAAUUGCGCAGCGCGCGUUCUACAAGCAACGCUUUGACUGGGUGUUUGAGAUCUUCAUGUGCAUAUCCACACAGAUGUUGGGCUUUGGCAUGGCCGGAUUCUUCCAUCGGUUUCUAGUCACUCCUGCCGCGAUGAUCUGGCCGUCGACACUCAUCAACACAUCACUGUUCACGGCCCUCCACGACCACAGCAGACCCGAUCCCGCCAAGGUGUCAGGUUGGAUUAUUGGCAAGUACAGGAUGUUUUUAUACUGUAUGAUUGGGUCAUUUGUGUGGUAUUGGUUUCCCGGGUACAUCGCACCAUUCCUCAGUGUCUUCGCCUGGGUAACUUGGAUCAAGCCGCAGAACGUGGUCAUCAAUCAAUUGUUCGGCGGGUGGACUGGGCUGUCGCUGAUUCCAAUCACGUUCGACUGGACCCAGGUUUCGGGUUUCAACUUCAGCCCUCUUAUCUCGCCCUGGCAUGGCAUUGCAAAUACCCUACUUGGGUUGGUGAUCUUCUUUUGGAUUGUCACUCCUGCCAUGCACUACACCGGUAUCAACUAUUACAAGUACCUGCCCAUGAGCGAUUCCAGCAGCUAUGACAACACUGGUCAGGUCUACAAUGUUUCUCGCAUCCUAACUCCGGAAAUGACUUUGGACUUGGCUAAAUACGAAAGCUACUCACCUCUCUUUCUGUCCACCACGUUCACCCUCUGCUAUGGCCUGUCCUUCGCCACGAUUAUUGCCGUCAUUGUUCAUGCUGUGCUGUUCCACGGAAAGGAUAUUUGGGCGCGACUCCGCCGGAUUGGGCAGGAAGAGGAAGACGUCCAUGGACGCCUUAUGGCCAGGUUCAAACCAGUUCCAUUGUGGUGGUAUGGUGUUAUCACACUUAUCAUGAUCGGGAUUGCUCUCGGGGUCAGCCAAGGGUAUCCAACGCAUCUUACUUGGUGGGCAUUCUUCAUCUCGCUAGUCAUGGCGGCAGUCUGGUUCGUACCUUGUGGAAUUAUUCAGGCCUCAACAAACAUCCAAAUUGGACUCAACGUGAUUACCGAGUUUGUCAUCGGCUACAUGCAACCCGGCAGACCAAUGGCAAUGAUGCUAUUCAAGACAUACGGCUACAUCAGCAUGUACCAAGGACUUUUCUUCUGUCAGGACAUGAAACUGGGGCAUUACAUGAAAAUCCCUCCCCGGGUGACCUUCGCCGCUCAAAUGGUAUCCUGCAUCUGGUCCUCCAUUGUGCAGAUUUGCGUUAUGAACUGGGCACUGGGCUCCAUCUCGAACGUGUGCGAAUUAGAUCAAGCGAACCGCUAUACCUGCCCCAAUGGCCGCGUAUUCUUCAAUGCUUCUGUCAUUUGGGGCACAAUCGGACCUGCCCGCAUGUUCUCCCCUGGCCAGAUGUACUCCGGCCUCAUGUGGUUUUGGCUCGCUGGGUUUUCGCUACCGGUCGUAAUUUACGUCCUCGCGCACCUUUCAAGGAACACCAAAUAUGCACGCUAUAUCCGUCUUCUUAAUGCUCCUAUUAUUUUCGGCGGAACAGGACUUAUUCCGCCUGCUACCCCAUUGAACUACCUUUCCUGGGGCAUUGUAGGGUUCAUCUUCAACAAGUAUAUCCGCGACCGCUGGCGCGGGUGGUGGAUGCAGUACAACUACGUCUUGUCAGCAGGACUGGACGUUGGAUUGGCUUUAUGCACAAUCUUCAUCUUCCUCACGCUCAACCUGACCAAGACGGAGUUUCCGAGUUGGUGGGGAACCAACAUCGCUGCUGAUACGAUGGACGCUUCGGGCACGGCGGUGCAAGUUACGGGCGUGAAGUUUGGGCCGGAGAAAUGGUAG